UUCUGGUUUCCAAAAAACAUGCACUUUCAAACGUGCCAUAUAAACAUACCCAUGGAAUUUUUUUCUUUUUGAAUCGUUCUACUUUUAAUUAUAAAUACGAUGUCGAGCAGUUAAUAGUGUGUUAUUAUUGACAAAAUUAUGUAGUGUUUUUAUCAAUCUAUUAACUUUCGUCGCCAUUGUAUUUAUGUUACGUGCGCCGCGGCGAUAUCACGUAUAGUAGAAAGUAGAAACAACAAAAUUAUGGUUUGUUUUUGAAAAACGUUGUCUAAAUGCUGGUUGAUAACAAGCCGAUAAAUUUGUGUAACACGGUUUUAUCUUGCUAACCGUGUAUCAAUUGGAACUGAUUUACAUCUCAUGUAAGCAGCACGAGGAUCUUACAUGUCAUUCCAUUUAAUGAUCCUUAUUAUGUAAUUUGUGCAAAAGGGAAUGCUAUGCACAAAAAAUCGUGGCUAAAGUUUGGUCGGAAUAACAUUGCAAGUGGUGUCUUUCAAAAAUGACUGACUUUCCUUCCUCCUCUACUUUUACGAGGGUAAUCAAUAAUGUGUUAACUUUUGUAAAAUGUAUUGCUAGAACCAGUUUUGUGAUACUCAACAAUGUUUAUUGUAUACCAACAUAUGUAGUAUGGAUGACAUUAUUAUUUCCUGUAAAAGUUUAUCAACCACAAGUAUAUUGGAGAAUCGAAGGAUUAUUUUUUCAUUGGCUAUUAGCGAUGGUGUCUAUGUGGACGUGGUCUGCAGGUUAUGAUAUAAUAGAACAAGGUGAUGAUAUAGAAAAAAUUAUUAGUGAAAGAACGUUAGUAAUAGCAAAUCAUCAAAGUACUGGCGAUGUUCCUAUACUAAUGACAACAUUUAAUGCUAAACCAAAUGUGUUACCUAAUCUAAUGUGGAUUAUGGAUAGGAUUUUCAAAUUUACUAACUUUGGUAUAGUUUCUAUUUUGCACCAGGACUUUUUUAUCGUAUCUGGCCGGAAACGAAGAGAAGAAAGUUUGAAACAAUUAGAAAAACAUUUAAAAGAAGCAUAUAUUCCUUUAAAUAGAAAGUGGAUGGUUCUCUUUCCAGAAGGAGGUUUUUUAUGUAAAAGACGGGAAACGUCACAAAAAUAUGCUAAAAAGAAUAAUUUACCAAUUCUUGAAAAUGUUACAUUACCACGAGUAGGAGCAAUGCAAACUAUAUUUGAUACAAUUGGUCCGUCACAGGAAAAUAAUACAACAGAACAACAGUUAAACAGUAGACCAAGUAUGUUGGUUGCUAAACCAGAAAUCAAUUGGAUUCUAGAUAUAACAAUAGCAUAUCCUCAAGGUAAACCACUUGACUUACCAACAAUUAUAACUGGUUCACGACCACCAUGUGAAACAGUUUUAUUUUACCGAGUUUUCCCCAGUUCAGUGGUUCCACGAGAACCAGAAUUAUUAUCUAAAUGGUUGUAUGAUAGAUGGGUCGAAAAAGAAGCACUUUUGGAAAAUUUUUACAAGUAUGGAACAUUUCUUGGCACGCAAGCACCUGCCAAUGAAGGUUCCAAGAUCCAUCAGGAUCCAUUGAGAUUCCUAGUCCUUCAUUUAUUUUUUAUAACAUCUAGUUAUAUACAUUAUAGUAUGUUUGCAUAUGUGCUAUCUUGCUUCUGGUAAAGCGUUUUAUACUAUACAAGAAAUUACUUUCAAAUAUCAGUAAAAUUAUAAUGUAGUAAAGUAAAACUAUUCCUGCCUCAAAUAUUAUUCUUGAUGUGGACUAACAAAACUACGAAUGUAUGGAUUGUCAAUUCCAAAUGAAUGUUUAAAAUCCAAUUAUGUCGUAGAUAGUGAAUUACAAAUAUUUGUUUCGUUACCAUACCGAUUUAUUCAUCGUUAUUUGUUGAUACGAAUAUAAUUUCAAGUAUACUUCAUGUUGCAAUAAGAUAUACAAUUUUAAUUUGAAAUACUUAUUUGCUGCUAUAUUUACAUUUCGUAAUAACAAUUCACUGUGUAGUAUAAAACACUUGUUUAACAACGAUGAAAACACAAUAUUAGUUGGUUUUAUUUGAAUAACUAGUAUUCAAGAUAAUUUCAGUCUAUUUUAUUAGGUAUUGAUGCUUAAAUUUUUGAAUAUAUAGAGCUGUCUAAUAUUUUGCAUGAAUUAUUAUAAUAUUUUAAAAACUAUUUGAAUUUUUCAUUGCAAAUUUAAAAUUAAAUUUCAAUCUAAAUUAAAAUUAAACUUCAAUAUGCAUAUUACCUAUAAAAAAUAAUUUAAUGUUUGUUGAUUCAAGUAGAGUAUCUAAUGCUACCAGUUGCAUGAUAGUUUUAAACAUUGAUAUAAAUGUUUCUUUUUUUUUAUUUCUUCAUUUAUUAUAAGAUACAAAAAUGUAUCUAUAUUUGAUUAUCUGUCUGGAGGACUUGGCAACAUUUCAGGCGAGUUUUGA